AUGGCGCUACGGGUGGUAGGAGGGGGGGAAGAGGAGAUGCUGAGCGCACGGGUGCUUGUGAAUAACCAAAACACAGUCAGAGCCACCGUCACUCUCCCGAAUUCACCGCCUCGUGCGCUGCAGAAGCGAGCAACGGGCGACAGUGCAUACGCCCAGUUAAAGCGGGAAAUUUGCCCCGUCACCGGGAGGGCUAGGAAAGAUUUCACGGGCUUCACUGAGACGAGCCCCUUGCUAAAAAAUACAAAACAUAUACCCGGAAUCUUGCGGGAGGACGUGCAUCCACAUCUGGAUGAUGUCUACCAACGCGUCAUGCGUCGUCUGCAGAGAAAGGCAAAUUACCAGGAGAUUGGUGCCCCCCCUCUUGCUGUGCAGUUUGGGAUCAUUGACGAUACAGACGAGGAGAAAAGCCGAGAGAAGAACGAAUCGGACUCGGAAGAUCCCCUCAACUUGGGUCAAUCAUUAAUUUCAUCCGGCACAACAACCAAAAGUGGGAGUUCAAGGCACAAGCAGCUGGGACGAGGCAUUCCACCAUCGGCAGCGCUGGCUCAAGAUGGGCAUGAGGCGGAAGAUGACGCCUUUUUCCUGUCGCAGCAACCGUGCCCCAAGACACUGCGACUGGUUGUUGAGCACGUGACCGCCACCGUGACGGAGAAGCUACGACUUGCAGAGACGGGGUCGUUGAAGAAUUGCCUUUGCUUAGUCUUUGAGAGCCGCGCGUUGUUGGAGCGCCUGUUGAAGGAAAUUCCGUCCUACUCACAGUUUCAAGGAGAAGGGGAACGGCUACCGACAGCGGCGCAGUUGCAGGAGAUGUAUCAGGAGUUUAGGCGAAAGCCGGUGGUGCUGCCGACUGCACGGUUUGAAAAGGAACCUAAAAACGGCCAUGUUGUGGCCUCCCUCUUUGACAGCAGGACACACCCUCUAAACCCGAUGCCUUCACACAGUGGUGAACAACCACUGCAGCAGCAAGAAGAACAAACGGAACUGGGCGUCUCACAAGAAACAACAACCGCCACGAAGACGGGCAUCUCCAUCUCAUUUGAUACUCCGAGUUGUCUUACCAGCGAGGAAUCAAGGAAGGUAGCACUUUUGGGUGAAGUUGCCAUUGUGAUUCCCCCGACGUAUGCUCAAAGCUCGAGGAAGCGGCAGACGAGUUUCCGUCUUCGAAAGGCGGCUGGUGCGGGGUCUCGCGGCAAUCUCCGCUUUUCGGGGAACGGAAGUUCCUUCACGAAGACGGCACCAAAUUCAUUUGCGCGUGACAACCCUCUCGACACAAAACGGGUACAAGGGCCUGCUUUCUCGGGGAGAGUUGCCGAUGAUUCCGCCACAAACACGAGUUCUAAUACUACUUCUACUACCGCUUCUAUUACUGCUGCUUCUACUGCUCCUGGUGGUAGCAAUGUUGCCGCGACAGGAUUGGACGCGGACACACCGACUGUGGCAGCAAGAACCUCACUCGCUGACACGGAAAGGAAGCAGCGUGCGACACGAAUCUUCUCUGUGGGCACCCUCACCGAUAUGAAUAGCACAUCCAUUGUACAUCGAGAGGAGUAUGAACAGUUGCAGGCGUACACAAGAACCCUUCUUGUAGAAGUUGAGGAACGGAAACGGGAAAUUCGCGAGCUUCAGGAGCAAUUGAAUGAGGAACUGGACUACACGACACAAAAGCGGAAGGUGAUUCAAUACCUGCGGGAGACACUUUACAAGGAGUGUAACGUUCUCCGCUCUCAACUCUCCGCGGCGCAGCAGAAACAGAUCCACUACCAAAGUCUCUUGAAGGAGCAGCAACAGGCCCUUGCACAUGCCGCAACUGUCAUGAAUGCCGAAGUACGCAGCGCAACGAGCGCAUCGACGUGCGAGGGGACACGCCUUCCAAACCUCAGUACGACACGUUUUAGCCCAAACGAGGUUCCCAGCAUGGCGGUGUCCAUUGGCGCUGGAAUGCAGAGUUUUCGGCGUACCAACCCAAAUGUCUCCGUUAUUGGUGUGGGCCGUGGCAGCACGCAUACGGAGGAAAAUGAGGAUGGCAACGGCUCUGUUGUCGCAAUGGGUGCGGCUGCGACGGUUGGAGGCCAACAGAUCUCGAUUGACAUUACGGCGAUUCAGAGUCUUUUGGAUCUCGUUUUGCUGGCGGUGGAGAACGACCAGUUGAUCCCGAGCGUUGCCACCCGAGGCGCCCAUGCAAAUUUGGGCAAUAUUGCCAAUCUCAUGGCAGAAGAUCCACACCGCCGUGAGAAGAAUAUAAAGAAGGAGUUUGCGGAGAUGCAGCGGCAGGCGAAGCAAAAUUAUUCAAUUGGUCGGACGCAACUAACAGUGUUGCUUGCAUUAAAGGAACAACAAAUCAAAGAUAUGAAAAAUUUUUCUGAUGUACACUUCCUAAAGGGUUUUUGGAAUGAUAGGUGUAGUACGCUACGAGACGAGCUUCGACGUGUCCGUAGGGCCGUCCAGGAGGACUUGGAAUCUCUUAGGCAGUUUGUCGUCGUGUCAAUGGAAAGUAUUGCCAGGCGUACGCAUGUAGUGGAUGCGAGCUUGACGGAGAACAAUACCCUUUUCAAUACACAGUCAGCAUUGCGAGAUGUCAUUUUAUCCGCCCAGUCCCUUUUACUGCCCAUGUUAACGACAGAAUAUGAGCGUGGUUAUCACCCAUGGCCACUUAAGUUACGCAACACAGCAGACCCUUUUGCCCGUAUGAUUAAGGCACGGUACGGUGAGAAGCAGUUGUUGCUUUUGCGGGAAGAAAUGAAUGCACUAAGCAGCAUCUACCUGGAGUUACAUCAUUACGUGAUGAAGAAUCUUGUGUCACCUGUCAUAAAGCGACCGUUGCCGGGUAAAACUCUGUGGAACCUGUGUGCAUUGUUGGCCAUGAACAAUUGCACUUCAGCCGAAGUUUGGACGCGGGUGCGGGAAAAGUACACACGGGAUAUGACCCUCCGAAAGAAUAUUGCCGCAUUAAACAUGUCGAUUCUAACUUUGAUGUAUCGCCAACGCAUAGUAACGGAGCGCUCUACGGAAGCCAUGCAACAAGCCGGCAUGGACCCACGGCUCAGUGGUUUACCGGUCCAGCGCACAGUUAACAUUAUUGCGGAAAGACUGCACAGGGUGAUUGCCGAACGCGCAACUCUACGAAAGCAACGGCAGGAAAAUGCACGUGACGUUUAUCGGAUUUGGAAGAAGAGUCAGAUUGACGUGUAUGAGGGGUAUACUCCGCCGAGCCAACCGCAACGACUUGUUCUGGCUGAGAUGCACACCGAUGCGCAGAGACCUUUGCUCGCGGUGCUCUCCACCUCUCAUCGUGGUGAGAAUAACUCUCUGGGGAAUGCCUUCUUUUCCGCGAACAAAAGUGCCAACUUUUGGGAUCACAUGCUCUCCACAGAAAAAGAGGGAGAGAGGUCAACGGAGGAAGGAGACUCACCGAUAUCGGCACAAUAA